AUGGAUCAUUCAAGUUUUCAUAGCCAAAACCCUAAUCCAUCUUCCACCACCUCCUCAUCUUCUUCCUCUUUCCACGGCCACAAGGGAAAAACCGGAAACACAAAACGUUCAAGGUCAACAUCCACGUUAUCGACGGACCCACAGAGCGUGGCGGCGCGUGAGAGACGGCAUCGGAUCAGCGACCGUUUCAAGAUUCUACAGAGCAUGGUCCCUGGUGGUGCUAAGAUGGACACUGUUUCCAUGCUCGACGAAGCCAUUAGCUACGUCAAGUUCUUGAAAGCUCAGAUCUGGUUUCACCACAAUAUGCUUAUGUUCUUGAACGACCACGAAACUACGUCGUCUUGUAUUUAUUCUCCUGCCGGCGUCGGAGAAUGUGAACCAAGACUCUUAGGUUGUGAUGACGAUUAUGCUCCUGUUACGGAGACGUAUUCACAAGAGAUGCCACCACUUACGGCUACGGACUCGGAGUAUCCGUUGUGGUUUGGUUCGUUUGACGAAACCAUGCAUCGACGUAGCUUAUCUUAG